UUUUGUCGGUAAAUAUAAAGACCUAAAGUCUCAACAGCUACUUUCUGUACAGACACUUUGCCUUUACAAUUUAUUACAAUGUCUCAUACAAUUCUUCUGGUGCAGCCAAAUCAGCGUCCUGAGACAAGAACCUACUCAGACUAUGAAUCUCUAAAUGAGUGUUUAGAAGGUAUCUGCAAAAUUUUUGAAGAACAUUUGAAACGCCUGCACCCUCAUGAUCCUUCUAUAACAUAUGACAUUUCACAAUUGUUUGAGUUUAUAGAUCAGUUGACUGAUUUGAGUUGUUUGGUAUUUCAGAAGUCUUAUGGUACAUACACCCCACACAACAAAGAUUGGCUGAAAGAGAAGAUCUAUCAUAUGUUAAGGAAACAGGCUGGCAAAUAAAUAUGCUGAUGAUUUUCUUAAUCCUGCUAUAACUAUUUUAUUUUUGUUUGUCAUACUGUUUGUCACUUUUACUUUGAUAAUGAUAGAUUGACUUGAAAUAUUCAUUAGGUUAAUUAUGUAAGUAUUCAGUUUUACCAUUCAUUUUUUUAUUUUCAAUUUCUGAUUAUUGUUUAUAAAAAUUAGGGACAUUGCUACAGUUUGUUUUUUAUUAAGAUAAUGUUAAAUUUAAAAUAUCUUUUUGAGACUAAAACUUAAAUAGAAAUGUCAAAAUUUAAAUAGAAAACAUGUCAAAAUAUUGUACCAUUAAAGUUAUUUAUUCUUUAUGUGUAAGUAGGCUAUUUACUUUUGAAAUUGCCAAAACAACAUUCAAGUUUUAGGUUUGAAGACAAUGUCCUUGUUGUUUAAAGACAUCAUUUCACCCUUUUUAAUGCACAACCAUUGUAAUAAAAGUUACCAUUUUAACAAUU